AUGGAGCAGCUGCGGCUCGUAAGCGAAGAACUGCAGCGGAAGAAGCUGGACGCAGAGAAAGAUCGUGAGCUUUUCCGCGACCUCUACAGCAAAGCUUCCGCGCACGCGAGCGCCGUCACCAAAGAGAACAACGACCUGCACGAGCGGCUCGCGCUCGCCGAGGGCCAAGUGAAGGAUGGGCUGCGCAUGGUGCGUGGCACGUACGAGGCGCGCAUCGCCCUUCUCGAGGCGGAAGCGGAGAAAUGGCGGCAUGUCGCGGAAGUGCUCGCUGCGCGCGACAAUCGCACGGACGACGAGGUGCGGAGGCGCGCGGCGCUCGAGCCGGAGCUCCAGGAGGAAAACAGGCGGCUGAGGGAGGAGCUGGAGAAGUUGAGGAUGGACUAUCGGAAGAUGGAGCAGGCGCUGGCACAGUCUGCGGAACAGAAGCAGGCAGACGCGCCGCCAGUGACACCUCAGGUUGGAGUGGCCAAUGGCCCUACUGUGACAUCUUCCUCGAUGGCACCGAGUUGA